AUGCUGCAUACACAUUUGGAAAAUGGACAUUUUAGCUUAUUACCAACUUUCUCUCAAACAAAUCAAUCCGACGACAGUUUCAUCCUAUCAGAUCGUCCUGACUCAUCACAACUUGUUGAUUUGCAUAUCUAUCUCGUUCCGAGAUCCGUAUGGCGAAAUAUUCAACAUCUAGCUGAGAAUGAUGCUGUAAGUGAUGCAAUUUCUGCUGGUUUUGUUCGUGUACAACCUGAAAUGAAAUUAAGUCAUCUACGACAAUCGAUUGAAAAAGCUUGCGGAACCGAACGCUACUUCCCGCGCGAUUUCAUCUUUCUUCGAUCGGUUGGUCGAUGUUUUACUAAAGUGAAACCUAACCAAGAACAUGAAUUAAAAGUGAAAAAUUAUCGACCACCACAGACAUCAGCGCCAGAGGUUUACCUUCUCGAAGGUCGCUACGAUGGCUACAGUUAUCUUCCAUCGGAAUCGCCGAUAUUCUCUUCUGUGAAUUAUCUAUUUGGUAACCGUUUUCAGUAUGCAAAUCAGAGCCCGUCGUCGUUGAAACCCACCCAUAGAUAUCAAAAGAAAUCACGACGUACAGAUAAGACUAAACUACCUAAAAUAAACACUUCCAAAGCAUCGCGUCGAUUAUCACGAAAGAAUAGCUGGAAGAGCGAUCCAGUGAUUGAUUCAGACUCCGAUGCAUCAACUGCUUCAAAAGUAACUCUUGUGACGAAUAGUACAUCUAGAAGCUUAUCUAAACUAAAAGAAGAACAGGAACGUCUUCGUAAGCGUCAAGCUGAAUUAGAAUACAUGCGUCGACUUGCAGAAGAGAAAAAACUUCAAUCGAAUCGCGAGGAAACGUAUCGACAACCACGUCGGCAAGAGAAAGCACCACCAGAACGUAAAGGAAUCGAUUACCGUCGUCAAGAGGAAGUUCAAUCUGAAGUUCGACGACCAGAAAAGACUCUUUACGAACCACGCCGACAAGAAAAAGUUCCAUUGGAACGUCCUCGACCGGAAAAGAAACCCUCCGAACCUAAACCACACGAGAAGAAACAUUCUGAACCUCGUCUACCAGAGAAGAGACACUCUGAGCCGCGUCCAUUAGAGAGAAUCCAACCCGAACCGCGUCGACAAGCGAAAGUACCUUCUGUACCAGUUCAUCGAGAGCAAGUUCAGUCUGAACGUCGUCAACCCGUCAAACUAAUUGUGACACAACGUCGAGCGAGUCACGACGCAACGCCAACAACACUAACAACCCAAAGUCAACCGACUUAUCGCACUUUUAACGAACAGAAAGCAUUCCGUAAACGUCAAAUCAGUUUAAUUAAGAAUGAUUCUCGAAAAUCAUCAGCAAAUAGUCAUGUAACUAUUGAAACUCAUUUCAACUAUGAGAAAACAAUUGAUGCUAAUGAUGAUGAAUUAUCCGCUGGUGAAAUUUUAUCUCGAUCGUCUUCGAUCGGAUCGACAUCGGAUGAGCCAAGUCAUCCGUCUCGAGCUGAAACAAGAAUACUCAAUCGAGAACGUCGAGACAGUACACGGUCUAAUUCAUCAUCAUUAUUAUCAAUGAAAUCAGAAAGAAAACUUUCGUCAAAAACGAAAGAAAAAGUCGAUUCGCCGGUUAUAUCCGACACUGAGAAUCGCCGAACUGCAACAGUCACUAGAACACGUUCUUCUAAAGAACAACUAGUGCAUAUCUCAACACCAGAUAUAAGUGUUAAUGAGAACACGUACGAAUUAGAACGUCGAGCAGGCGAAGUACAACGUCGUCGACAGGCGCAAGAAGAUAAAGAACGAUUAAAAGAAUUGAAAGAACAACAACGACGAGAAUUAGAACUUUCACACGACGAUCUUGAUGGUCUCCGUAAUCGUCUUCAAGCGUCACGCGCGAAACGUAUCGAUCUUGAACGAUCUCGUGAUGAAGCAGUGAGUCAAAUGAAAUCGUUGUAUAAACGAUUAACAUUACGACGACAAGAAGUUCGCGAUCUAUGGAAGAAAAAAUACUAUCAAGAAAAGAAACGAACACAGCCAUUGGAACAAAAUUCUCAACAAUCGACUUCGGAGUUAGAUCGAUUGCAUAAGAAAACUGAGCAAACUAUUGAAAAUGAAUGGAAGCAUGCAACUGAAAUGGGCUAUACCAGAGAAGCCGAUACAGGAAAAUCUUUACUACAAGUGACACGAGUAAACCAUGAAAUGCAAAACAUUCAGACUCAAAUCGAACAAGCUAAGUUACGUUUAUCCACCGACAUCAAAUUACGAAAUCAAGCUGAAAAUGAAUGCAAAAUGUUAAGACAAGAACUAAGUCAAGCUAAAUUAAAUUUAAAUCGUAUAAAAUAUUCAUUAGAGAAUUAA